AUGUCUUGUAUUAAUGCAUCUAAUUUUAGGUAUGCAGCUGAACAUGGUGUAAUUAUUGUCAAUCCAGACACCUCCCCACGAGGUUUAAACAUACCAGGUGAUUCAGAAAGUUGGGACUUUGGGGUGGGAGCUGGAUUUUACAUAAAUGCCACACAAAGUCCUUGGAAAGAUAACUACAGGAUGUUCAGCUACAUAACUAAGGAGUUAAUUGAAAUUGUUAACUCAAAUUUUCCAGUUGCCGAAGGAAAACAAUCAAUUAUGGGACAUAGUAUGGGGGGUCAUGGGGCUUUAGUGUGCGCCCUAAAAAAUCCCGGAUUAUACAAAUCUGUAUCAGCAUUUGCCCCAAUCUCAAAUCCUAUGGAAUGCCCUUGGGGGAUUAAGGCUUUCACAGGAUAUUUGGGCCCUAAAGAGACAGGGGCUUGGUCUGAAUGGGACGCGACUGAACUGGUUAAAAAGUACAGCGGACCUGCAUUGGAAUUGCUUAUUGAUCAGAUGGCUCUUACUGAGGUAUCUUGCAAUAAGAUUUUUGGGGGUUUACAAAAAGUAUUCUCCCACAAAUCCAAAGAAGUAGGAUGCACUAUGAAAUUUGGGGUAUUUGUACCCCCACAAGCUGAAGAAAACAAAAAAUUACCUGUUAUUUAUUGGUAUGCAGCUAUACAUGGUGUAAUUAUUGUCAAUCCAGACACUUCUCCACGAGGUUUAAACAUACCAGGUGAUUCAGAAAGUAUGGAUUUUGGGGUGGGAGCUGGAUUUUACAUAAAUGCCACACAAAGUCCUUGGAAAGAUAACUACAGGAUGUUCAGCUACGUAACUAAGGAGUUAAUUGAAAUUGUUAACUUAAAUUUUCCAGUUGCCGAAGGAAAACAAUCAAUUAUGGGACAUAGUAUGGGGGGUCAUGGGGCUUUGGUGUGCGCCCUAAAAAAUCCCGGAUUAUACAAAUCUGUAUCGGCAUUUGCCCCAAUCUCAAAUCCUUUGAAAUGCUCUUUUGGGAUUAAGGCUUUUACAGGAUAUUUGGGGCCUAAAGAGACAGGGACCUGGUCUGAAUGGGACGCCACUGAACUGGUUAAAAAGUACAGUGGACCUGCAUUAGAAUUGCUUAUUGAUCAGGGCAUGGAAGAUAAUUUUUUGAAAAACCAACUUUUGCCAGAAAAUUUAAUGGAGGCUUGUAAGAAUGUGUCUUUCCCUGCAAUUUUAAAGAAGAGGGAAGGUUAUGACCACAGUUAUUAUUAUGUUGCCAGUUUUAUUGGCGAGCAUAUUGAAUACCACAUGAAAAAUUUAACUAAAUAAGGAAAAAUGUGAUAUUAAAACGAAAUUCGCGAAUUAUUUUUUAUUUUAUAAAUUUGAAUAGGUAUGCUUAUUUUUGAGUAAAACAAAAUUGGCGAUGAUUUUUAGAAAAUUAUGGAUUGAUAUUCGAAAUGGAUUUUGAUCAGGUUCUUAAAUGCUUGUUUUUGAAUAAAACAAGCAAUAUUUUUUUUAAUUUUUGAUAUUGAUCAAAAUUAUGGAUUUUCAUCAUGUGCUCCAAAUGCUUGUUUUUUAAUUAAACAAACUUUGCGAUGAUUUUUAAAAGUUUUGAGUCAAAUUCCUUGUUUUUAUGGAUUUUGAUCACAAUAAGGAAAAAAUUGUCAUAAAAAACAACUUUCGCGAAUUAUUUUUUAAUAUAUAAAUUAGAUUAUUAAAUAUAAUUCAUUUUGAGUUUUAUGUACAAAUAUACGCUAUAAACGAGUUGUAUAUGUUAUUUAUUUAAUUGAUCCUCUUAUGUCAUGCCAGUAUUGUAGCAAAGGUUCUCGUUUUUGCCACACAUAUUGAUUACCAUAUAAUGCCCA